GUACAUUCUGUGCCUUGACAACUUGAUACCACACUGUAGGAAAACGUCAACGUGUGUAACCGUAGCGAAACCGGCAAGUGGGCGAUACAUCCAGGUGUAUGUAUGCAUGUACAUAUACGUGUACAUGUGUACGCCGCGAAGAGUCGUCUUAAGUGGCAUCGAACAUUUGCAAGCCGUUUGUUGAAGGAUCCGACAAAAGUGCUAUCUCUUCGUGACGCGAUUAAAAUUAAAUGACAAGCGAAUAUGGCAACGCCCACUUGUGAUAAGAAAGCGAGGGUAAUCGUUCUAGGAGGAUGCGGUUUUAUUGGUCGUAAUCUCGUGGAAUAUCUGCUGGAUAACGAGUUGGUGUCGUACGUGCGAGUUGUCGACAAAGUGCCACCGCAGACCGCUUGGCUUAACGCGAAGCACCAGCAUGUGUUCCAACACCCCUUGCUCGAGUUCAGAAGUGCUAAUUUGAUUAAUACAGUAUCCUGCCAAAAUGCAUUUGCAUCUGAUGAGCCUAUUGAUUAUGUGUUCAAUUGUGCCGGAGAGACUAAGAGCAGCCUCACAGAUCCUGUUUAUAAAGAAGGUAUUUAUAAACUCAGCAUGAACUGUGCUGAACAAGCAGCCAAGAUCAAAGUUUCUCGUUAUGUAGAGAUAUCUUCUGGUAACCUUACCACCUCAGAAAAGAGACCUAUUAAAGAAGAGGAUACUGGAGAACCAUGGACGUUUAUUGCAAAGUAUAAGUUACAAGUAGAACAGGAAUUAAAAGAUAUACCAGACCUAAAAUAUACUAUAUUGAGAACAGCUAUUGUAUAUGGCUGUGGUGACAGAAGUGGUUUAGCACCAAGAUUGGUAGUAGGUGCAGUUUAUAAGUAUUUAGGAGAGAUGAUGAAGUUACUCUGGGGACCAGAUCUUCACAUGAACACCGUUCAUGUGACGGACGUUGUCAGAGCUAUCUGGCACGUCGCGAAUAAGCCGGAAACGAUAGGCCAGACGUACAACCUCGUUGACGAAGGAGAUACCACUCAAGGUUUCAUAAGUUCUGUAGUGUCCGAAAUCUUCAACAUCAACCACGAUUAUUGGGGCACUGCGCUAUCUACACUGGCUAAGGCCGAUAUGAACUCUGUUGUCGAAGAAGUUAACGACAAACACAUGGGUCCUUGGGCGGAAGCGUGUCGUAAAGACGGUGUUGAAAACAGUCCUUUAUCGCCGUAUAUAGAUCAAGAACUUUUAUAUAAUAAACACUUGUACUUACAACCCGGAAAGCUAUCGAAAACAGGAUUCACAUACUUGUAUCCUAAGUUAACAAAAACUGCUCUCAAGGAGGUACUUAACGAUUACGUAAGCAUGCGAAUCUUCCCGCAUUCUUUACUUUUAUGAGCGUUGCAAUAUCCAUGGACUGCUAAAAUUCUAGUAUCGACAACAAGCUUAAGAUGACUAUAGAUACAUACCUAUAGAUACAUGAGUAUCUUGUGCCUAAAAUAUACAAGGAUUCUCGAAUUCUAUACAGUUAAUACACACACACACAUAUACUCUAUUAUACAUAUAUAUACAUAUAUGUAUGUUAACGUCUUUACUUUUUGGUGGUUUUUUUAAUACAUUCCAAGACACAAAAAAACAUUUAUAUAAAUGUAAGUCUAGAUAGAAACGCGUGUGUAUGGAAUUCGCAUCAACAUCGAAUUUCGUGGACAAGCCUAUCGUCAAUGUGAUAAAUUAGCAAUUAGCGUACUUACUCUUAAUAAAAAGAACAUUUAGUUCUCGAGACAAAACUCCCGCACUUUGAAAGUUGCUAGUCAAGCACUAAACUUCGAGACAAUGUGUUGUUACGAUCUUAGACACAAAGAUAAUAUAAAUGUGUAAAAGAAUGCUCCUGAAUUGUAUAACAAUUUAUACAAGUUUUAGAAACAUAGAGAAAAGAUGACUUUUUAUAAACCACUUUUUCAAGACUGUGAAUUACAUCAAUUAAAAAUUGUUAAAAAAAAUUAUAUAUUAAUAAAUAAAUAAAAAUAUCUAUAUUUCCUACUGUUAGGUACAUGUAUAAGAAGAAGCUACUUGUUUUAUAGUCGCUACAUUCCAACAAUGUAUCUGUUCACAAACUGCGAAUAAAGUUGAGAAACCUUUUUAUUUUAAUCAAGUGUUUGUAUAUACACAAAACACACACAUACAUGGUGUUAAACAAAAGAUGGAUUAUCUAUUUUGAAAAGGUAUAUCUAGCAUUUAUUAAAGUGAAUGAAGAAAUUUCUGAGGCGGCGUGUAUGUGUGUGAUUCAUAUAAAGUGGCCAAUGUGUAAUUAGUUUAAAAAUGUGAGAACGUAAAGAAAUUGUGACAUUUAUCUUUUUCACUAAAGAUGUAUACAUAUAUAUAUAAAAGAGAAUAUUUUUAUAUAUAUUAGAUUUUAAAAUUAAAUGAUUAAAUUACUGAUUAUUGGAGUUGGUUUGUUUACUUCUGCAUACAAUCGUAACAUAAAAUCAGAAGUAGCAGCAGAAUUAUGUACCAUCAAUCAUUCAAAAGGUUUGCAAAACCUUUUAAUUAGAUAUUUUAAUUACAUCGUAUCGAAAAUAUAUCUUUAUAAAAGUUCACUCAAGAUACGGCAGUAGAGUAACGGGCCUUAAAUUUUAAUAGUAUACAAAACAACAACAAAACUUCACAAAUAUAUGUAUACAAGUAAGACGAUCAAUAUUUGUCACCAAAAUGUUAGGUUUGUAUCAGACAGUCAAGAAAAAACAAGAAUUUUAUGUAUUUUUAUGUAUAAAAAUAAAAUUUAAUCGGAGGAUUUUGUCAGCUACACAACUGUAAUUUGUUACUAUAUAUUAUAUAAAUUUUUUGUUGCUGUUUUAUCAUAAAAGUGAUGAAUCUAUGUAACAUAAGUUUUUAUAGUAAGAUGUUGCACACUUUCGAGCAGUAAUAUAUGUGAUUGGAAUAAACUUGUUACAAGCAUUCACUUAAAGUGUAAAAAAUGAAUGAAAACAGUUUAUACAUACAUAUAUAUAUAUGUACAUAUAAAAAAACUUAUAUAUGUAUAUAAUAAGCGUAAACUUAUUUUUUUUUUUUACGAAACUUGUACAACUGCCAUUUACAAACUUAUUACAACAUGUAGGAAAGCAAUAUAAAAUCAUUACUCUUAUUAUGUACUGAAAAAAACAUUACUUAUUACAUACUUUCUGCUGCUUACACUUCGUUCAACGCAUAUUUCUCUUAAAAUUAAUCCUUUGUCGUUCGAACGCUUUUGGUUUUUCAUAAAUAAUAGCUGUCUCUCAAAAUAUUCUCCCAAGUACAAAAAAUAUUUGCACACUUUAUUUCUCUCUUUAGAAAUAAUCGUACACACAAAACAGGAGAAUAUUAACGCGCGCCGUGUCGAUAUAAUCGUUUUCAUUUGUACAUACUAAUAAUAUAUUAAAUGACAUAUUUUAUAUCGCAACAUUUCUGUAAAUUUACAUAUGUUUUUUAUUUUGUAAAUUUCUCUUAGCAUCUUUCACACACACACGCACACACAUACUUCAUUUCCGUCUGUGUAAAUCAAUCAAAACAGGAUGUGCAAAUAUUUUUUUACCUACUAUAUUUACAUUUUCAAAAUUGCAAGGGUGUAACAUGAAUGUACCUUUCUGGUGCACGAUGUCAACAACAUGGAUUAAGGAACGAUCGGAGUUUUAGCAUCCUGACUCUUUUCUUGUCAUCAUACGCCAACUCUGUUUUUCACGCUACAUGAGUUUUGUCAAAAUACAUUUGUCAACAAACACAAAAAUUUAUCAAAAAAAGCAUAUAAACAUACAUCCUCAACAAAUGUGGAAAAUAAUACAAAAUAUAACAGGCAUUACAUCAUUAUAUGUGACAACAAACGCAAGUCAGACGAAUUAAAUAAGAAAUUAUAAGCAUAAAACACAUUGAGUAUGCGCGAAUAUAAUUCGCAACAUAGAGGCUGUUACACGAGAAGAGAGGAUCUCGUGCAAGAGUUCAUAAAUUCAAUAUUGUAUAUGUAUGUUAUAUAUAUCUAAAGAUCUGAGAUUCUCAAAAUUAUACUUAUAAUACAAUAAUAACAAGUUCCAUGUAUUCAUGUGUAAAUAAAUCUUUCUGUAGAGCUGUAUCUGAUCUGUAAACAUAGAGCUAUUGUAAUGAUUUGCGGAAAUCGAUAAAACAGAAAUAAAUAAAUUAUGGUGCACAGUCGUCGACUAAACAUACUUCCAGUAAACACACGAGGUAUCGGAGUAGUAUUAAUAAUUAAUAACGUAACGGCUUGGGUAUAAAAUAAAAAAUAUUCUUUAAAAACACUCUCAGUCUGGCUUCUAGAGGAUUCUGGUUAUGAAAAAUGCGGCAAUAUUUCUAUGGAAUAAAAGUACGAUUAGUCUUUAAUAUAUGUGCAAAUCCGAGGUUACUUCUAAUGUUAGCUUUUCAUACUGUAACUAUGGGUGAUUGUUAUUGCAUGAUUCUGUGUGUGUAAAUGUAUUCGUCUAAAGUAUGUAGUGAAUGGAAAAAUGUAAUAAAUAACAAUAGUGGAGGUACAGUAACAACAUUGACAUCUCUCUAUGUCUCACUCUAAAAGAUAUAGCUUAUUCUAUUCAGGUACUGUAUUGGGUUUCUUCUGUCAUGGUAACAUGCACCAGUCUGGAAAUGUGUCUUAUAGCUUUGUCUCAAUAUGCUGCUUUUUUUGUGUAAUACACAGAACUGUUUUACCAGUUAACACGCUAAUAUCGUACACAACAGAACGUUCACGUUAA